GACUGUAAUGUAAGCUGCGGCGCGCCUCUCCCUGGCGGCGACUUCUGGAGAUGAACCUGCAAGGGCUGACCCGCGAGCUCUCCGUGUACCUGGAGAGCCGGGUCCGGGAGGGCUUGUGGGCGUCCGGCGUCGCCGGGUGGUCGUUGGUGCUGUGCUUCGGGGCCGCCUACGCUUGCUAUUACCUCAGUAGCAUCGCCAAGAAACCUCAGCUGGUGACUGGAAGUGAAAACUUCUUCAGCUUUCUGCAGGACCAUUGCCCUGUGCUGACAGAAACAUACUAUCCCACAGUGUGGUGCUGGGAGGGCCGUAUACAGACCCUUCUUCGCCCUUUCAUCACUUCGCGACCAUAUGUGCAAUACAGGAAUGAGCUCAUUACAGCAACAGAUGGAGGACAGAUUUCCCUGGAUUGGUUUGAUAAUCGUGAUAGCGUACUUUACCCAGAUUCCAGCACCAGGCCCACUAUCUUGUUGCUGCCUGGCCUGACAGGAACGAGCAGGGAAUCUUACAUUCUCCAUAUGAUUGAGCAGAGCAAAGCACUGGGAUACAGGUGUGUGGUUUUUAACAAUCGAGGAAUUGCUGGUGAAAAUCUCUUGACACCAAGGACUUAUUGUGCUGCUAAUACAGAAGAUUUGGAAACUGUUAUUCAUUAUAUAUGUAGUUUGUACUCCUCAGCUGUGUUGAUGGCAGCAGGUGUUUCUAUGGGAGGCAUGCUUCUUUUAAAUUAUCUGGGCAAAACUGGCAGAGAAACACCACUAAAGGCAGCUGCAAUAUUUUCAGCAGGAUGGAAUGUUUUUGAAUCGGCAGACUCACUGGAAAAACCCAUGAACUGGCUUCUCUUUAAUUAUUAUUUAACCACCUGUCUACAAUCUUCAAUUACUAGACAUCGGCAAAUGUUUGAUAAGCUAUUUAAUAUGAACCUUGUCAUGAAGGCUAAGACCAUUAGGGAAUUUGACAAACAGUUCACCUCAGUCAUGUUUGGCUAUCCUACAAUUGAUGAUUACUAUGCAGAUGCUAGUCCGUGUCGUAGGCUGAAGAGAAUUGGAAUUCCAGUGUUGUGCUUAAAUUCUCUGGAUGAUGUCUUCUCACCAAAUCAUGCCAUACCAGUAGAACUGGCAAAACAAAAUCCUAAUGUAGCUUUGAUCCUUACUUCUUACGGAGGCCAUAUUGGUUUUCUGGAAGGACUGUGGCCAAGAAAGAGAACAUACAUGGACAGAGUCUUCAAACAAUUUGUUCAAGCUGUGUUUGAGCAUGGAAGUAAAAUCCUUAAUAUGUAGCAACUUAUCAGAACCAUAAUUGCAGCACAGUGACAUAUUAUCAGGGUAAUUAAGCUUAAUGCACAUGCUUUAGCAAAUAUGCCAGCAAAUGGAUGAAAUCCAUUAUUAGGAGCAGUUUUUCUUAGAUAUUUUGCAAUAUUACUAAUUUUAUGUUUUUUAUUUAAAUAUGCCUUCUAAGAAUGACCUUAAAUUAAAAAGCACUCUGCACACAUUAAAUUGCACUUAACCAAAACCAUUAUGUAAACAGAAAAUACUCAGGUUUUUUAUUUAGAUAAUUCACAUUAAGGAAUCUUCCAUUUCAUUACUUGUUCUCAUGCAGUUAAUGUUAAAAAACAGAGAAACAGGUUCUCGGGAUGCAAAAAUAAAUUUAUUUAACAAGAAGCCCAAUGCGUUUCGUCUUGUGCCUUGUUUUGAGGCCUUCUUAAGGGGGCUGUAACAUUAAUGAUAGUAA